GGAAUGGCAACUCAACGCGGAAUAACAUGAGUUUGCUCGCCGCCGAUGACAUUCCGAACGAAUUUGAUGAUCUUUUUGAGAGUGAAGAUGGGUCGUUUUUGCUGGAACAACCCCGCUCGAAACCCCCGACUCCGGUGAACAUUGCGUACUAUCCGGAAGGAACUGGAGGUCAUUGCACUUCUACUAGAGGAACGCCAGUGCGUAGUUCCUUUUUCCGGAGGACAAGACAAACUCGUCCAGCAUCUUUGGCUCCAGGAAUAUAUGACAUCAGUGCAGCUGGAAGAUCUACUUCACCAGGUGCGGGGACGAUGUUGACAUCGUCUGUUCAUCAUGCUGGAACAUCAGACACAAAAUCUACUGUACUUCGAAGCCCGCUGUUUUAUUCCAACCUUUCGUCGACUUUGACCUUUCCGAAUCCGACUCCACUGCUUUAGAAACCACGGAAAUCUCCACCUCGCUGUACCCGGACCUGGAACCGCCGAGGUUGUUUUCUUCAAACGGUUUUCUUUUCGGGCAAGCGCAAACAGCAACUCGUAGUUUUCCCUCUUCGACUAUGAUGAACAGAUCAAGUUCCAGGACCACCCCAGCACCCGUGAAAAAGGUUCUGUUCGCGGCCCCCGGGGUGACGUAUAGGGAAGUGGUUCGGCCGCGAGAGGUAGAGGACGGGGUGGAGGGAGCCGGAGAAGUAGAAGAGGAGAAUAGAAAUCCAGCGCUUGUUCCUCCAGCGAAAAAGGCCACAGUGGUGUCGAAAGCGAAAAGUGUUUUGAAAAAGUCGAGCUCUAUCAUAUCCCACGAAGAAACUGUUUCACCUUGGUGAUUUUGCACAAUCUGCAACACAAGUUCUUUACUCAUGACACAGAAAAUUUGCCAUGCACGCUUCCCAAUGGAAAACACGCUUGAAAAUGCAAUGUCUUGCAGGUGUAGCAAGACAAAUAUUUCUGUGGUCCAUUUUCUGCAUCACAAGUUCGCAGUGAAGCAGUUUUUUCUUGCGAUAUAUCACGUCGCUGUCCGAAGGGCCCGAAUCCUCCGGGCGGAGCCAGUCGCCUUUUGUCGGAAGGAAUAGUUGUAGAAGCAGCGGGAGGUCGUGGCAGCAGCGGGGGUGUUGUGCGUCAUCUAGUACUUCCCGAGUAGAGCAGCAGUGCUCGCCGGCCGGGAUGAACAGCCGAAGUGGGUCCUCUUCGGCGGUAGAAACUGCAUCGUCCACUACACGCUUGCGAAGAGGGAGCGUGGAGGGAACCACCCGUCCUUCCGCCCCAUCUUCACCUGCGCAAGACCACGGCCGCGGGAGGAGAUCUUCUGUAAGUGCGAUGAGAGAGCGAUUUAGCGGUCGCAGAGCGUCGUCUUCUGCUACCCGUUCAUCCCCACCAAAGAACAAUGUCCCCGUCACUCCUCCUCUGUCUACUUCCCAGAGGUCGAGUUCCACUAGGACUAGUAGAGAUGGUGUUUGGAAGAGUUAA